AUGAUGUCAACUAUUUCUCCGGUUUCCUCACGUGAACCGGGUCUAACAACCCCUUUCCCAGCUUCUGAAACCGGGUUCACUUCAUGGGACAUUUCAGACCUCUUCUCGUUCCUAGACUCAUCCUCAACGGAUCUAUUACCGGACUUGGCUCAUGAGUACCAAAGCCCUGCUUCGGUAAACCGGACUAGUUCAAACGUUGACCCGAUGGACAGUACCGAUGAGAGGAGAAAGAAAAGGAAGUUAUCCAACCGGGAAUCGGCUAAGCGGUCAAGGGUGAAGAAACAAAAGCACUUGGAAGAGAUGAGUAUCCAGCUAAACCAGCUCAAGUUUGAGAACCGGGAACUGACGAACCAGCUUCGGUACGUUUAUUACCAUUCUCAACGAAUAAAUAUGGAGAAUGAUCGUCUACGUUUGGAGCACCGUAUGCUCUACGAUACGUUGUUGAACAUCAGAGUUUUGAUGUUGCGUCAGACCGAACGUAGCUCGAACUGUGUUACGUGGUCUUACGAUAUAUAA